AUGGCACUGCUCCCCGUCUGGAAAGACCUCGACCAGCAGCACCAGGUCAUCCUCGCCGCAGCCGUCGGCGUCGUCCUCGCGGCCCUUGCCUUCCUCCAACUUCAGCCGAAGCGCAAGGCCGCCCUUGACCCGACGCAGUGGAAGCGCUUCAAGCUGAUUGACAAGAUCGCCAUCUCGCCCAACACGGCCAUCUACCGAUUCGCGCUGCCAAAGGGGCAGAUCCUCGGCCUCCCCAUCGGACAGCACGUCUCCGUUUCUGCGACGAUCGAGGGCAAGCUCGUCCAGCGGUCGUACACCCCGACUUCGUCAGACGACGACGUCGGCUUCUUUGACCUCCUCAUCAAGAGCUACCCGACGGGCAACAUCUCGAAGCACUUUAGCACGCUCAAGAUUGGCGACUAUGUCGAUGUCAAGGGCCCGAAGGGACAGAUGCGCUACUCGCCCGACUUUGCCAAGAACAUCGGCAUGAUUGCUGGCGGAACGGGAAUCACGCCUAUGCUGCAAAUCAUCCGCGCCGCAAUGAAGAACCCGCUCGACCGGACCAACAUCGCCUUGAUUUACGCCAACGUCAACGAGUCCGACAUCCUCCUCAAAGCCGAACUCGACGAGCUCGCGGCCAAGUACCCGGACCAGUUCAAGGUCUACUACGUCCUCAACAACCCGCCUGAGGGAUGGAAGGGCGGCGUUGGGUUCGUGUCGAAGGACAUGAUUGAGGAGCACUUGCCUGCGCAUGCUGAGGACCACAAGGCGCUGCUGUGCGGCCCUCCUCCGAUGAUCAACGCGAUGAAGAAGCACCUCGACGAGCUCAAGUGGCCGGCGCCGCGGACCAUCUCGAAGAUGCAGGACGCCGUCUUCUGCUUCUAG